UCACUGAACACACACAAAGAGUAGAUCAUCUGUGUAGAAAUGAAGGCUGCCGUCGCUCUGCUCCUGUUUUUGAGUGUCUUAAGACUGAGCUUCAGUCUCUACAGAAAACACUUCUUAGUGAAUACAUUCAUGACAUGGGAAGCUGCACAAACGUACUGCAGAGAAUACCAUGAUGAUCUGUCCACGGUCACUAAAGAAGAGGCACAACUGCUCUCUGCAAAUCCAGGAAUCAAUCAUGCAUAUUUUUGGAUUGGACUGCACAUGAGUCCUAACAACCCAGAACAAUGGAUUUGGUCUGGAGGUGAGGAUGAAAACAUCGACAACUGGGACAUUGGAGAACCAAACCUACUACACACUGAAAAGUGUGGCAUUGUAAGAAGAUUUAAUUAUAAACUGCACAAUCUUAUGUGCUCAUGGACUCUACCAUUUUACUGUAUGAAUGUCUUUGAGCUCAUUCUGGUGCGUCAGAAUAAGACGUGGGAUGAAGCCCUGGACUACUGCAGACAGAACUACAUUGACCUGGCGAGUCUAAGAUCCAAGAAGACCAGAGCAGAGGCGAUAACUAACACUAUAAAAUCUCAGACAGCUUAUGUGUGGACUGGACUGCGCUUUAUGGCUGGUCAUUGGUUCUGGGUCAGUGGUGAUGAUCUUCAAUAUAAAGCCUGGUCUGUGGAGGGGGAGCUCCAGUGUCCUGCCAUAAAUCUGCGCUGUGGAGUUCUGGAUAGACAAAAUAAUGUUUGGAGACCCAAUAAUUGUGAGGAUAAACUGAACUUUCUCUGUCUUAAAAAGCUAUAAAUGUGCUUCAUGUUGCAAUAUACAUCCAUUUCUUCAUGUAGGCCUAUAUAUGAUAUUGAUUCUUUUAUAAAUCAUGACUCUAUAGAAAUCUAUUGCUUUACUAUGUAUGGUCGUUAAAAUUAAUGGAUUUUUAAUCUUUAAUUGUAUUUGUGUCAACAUAUACAUUGUCUUGUGAAACAAUGUUUAGCUGAUGUUUAAGAUCUUUUAUGAGCUUGCAGAUACAUUAUAAAACACUAUUGUAAAAUACAAGAUUUAGAUGCAUAGUUAGAUUUUAAUAGCCAUGUUAAAAAGCUAUGUAAAACGAUCAUGCUUUGCUGUUUUUAAACUCAAUGAUAUUUUCACGUAGCCUAUAUCGUACGGAUCAACAGUUUGGUCUAGGACUAACCGGGCUGUAAUGUAUCUGAUUAAAUGUCUUUCUAACCAUGCCUUGAAAAGUUUAGAAAGCAAAUAAGAUAUCAUCAUUGUAAAUAUAAGAUUCUAAGUUUUGCUCAUUUAGUUUGUUUUCACUAUGUACAGCUUGUAUUCAGGCAUUUAAAUGAUCUUGCCCCUCGUGUCGUAAUGUACUGUUAUGAGAUUGCAGUUGUGCAGCAGAUCCACCAGAGCGGCUUCUAGCAGCAAUUGUAAAAUUUUAUUCUGUAAAAAAUCUUUUGCUCAGACUGCCUUCUAAGUGAAAGGUACAACAUUUUGGAAUGCACUGCCUGAUCAUUUCAAUUUACCUUUGGCUAGCCACGCCCUAGAAUGUAGAUUGACCAAUCACAGCCCAGCCAAGAACCAGC